AGGGCUGGGGGAAGGGAGCGCCGGGCGGACAGUUUCUGGGAAAAAGCAAAGGGCGCGUGCAAGGCUGCCUCCUGAGGCUCUCCUUAUUUGCAGUUCCUCCCGCUUUGCUGAACCGGGAGCCGCGACCUCCAGUACAGUUGAAUUUUCUAGGAUGUGGUGCCACAGGUUGUCCUACCUACAAAGCAGGAUCCAAGACCUCCUGAGGGGAAAAGUUAUACAGUGGACCCCUCAACAGCCCCACUUCAAAAGCUUAUUUCCAUUAACUGUUCAUUGGCACCAUACAGCCUCCAAGUUUCUGAACUGUGCUUGGCAGCAACAUGAAAACCAUUUUGACCUACAAUAUGCAAACACCGUGAUGCGUUUUUAUUACGUCUGGCUUCGAGACCACUGCCGUUCAGCAUCUUGCUACAACUCUAAGACUCACCAGUGCAGCCUGGACACUGCCAGCAUAGAUUUACGUAUCAAGCCAAAGACCAUUUGUCUGGAUGAGACCGCACGCUUUUUCACUUGACCAGAUGAUCAUGUGACUAAAUAUGAUUUGGAUUGCCUGGUGAGAAACAGCUAUAAAGGACAGAAACAAAAGGUCAUCCAGCCUAGAAUCUUCUGGAAUUCUGAAAUCUACCAGCAAGCCCAAGUGCCACCUGUAGAUUUCCAGAGCUUUCUAGAAACCAGUGAGAGACUGGAGAGCCUCCUGCAAAACUUUCUGCUCUACGGAAUUGCAUUUGUAGAAAAUGUCCCUCCCACUCAAGAACACACUGAGAAGUUAGCAAAAAGGAUCAGCUUGAUCAGGUAUUCCAUCCAUGGGAGGAUGUGGUAUUUCACUUCCAACUUUUCCAGGGAUGACAACACGUACACCAAGCUAGCCCUGGAUCGGCAUAGAACUACCUAUUUUCAAGAGCCCUGUGGCAUUCAAGUGUUUCACUGUCUUAAGCCUGAAGGAACAGGUGGCAGGACACUGCUAGUAGAUGGAUUCUAUGCAGCACAGCAGGUCCUUCAAAAGGCACCUGAGGAAUUUGAACUCCUCAGCAAAGUGCCCUUGAAGCAUGAAUAUAUUGAAAAUGUUGGAGAAAGUCACAACCACAUGAUUGGGGUUGGGCCAGUCUUAAAUAUCUACCCAUGGAAUACAGAGCUCUAUUUGGUCAGGUACAACAAGUAUGACCGGGCUGUCCUCAAUACUGUACCUUAUGAUGUUGUCCAUCGUUGGUAUACAGCACACCGAAUUCUAACAAUAGAGCUGAGGAGACCUGAGAAUGAGUUUUGGGUCAAGCUAAAGCCUGGCAGGGUCCUAUUUAUAGAUAACUGGCAUAUCCUACAUGGCAGGGAAUCCUUCACUGGCUACCGUCAACUCUGUGGCUGCUAUUUAACAAGGGAUGACAUAUUAAACACUGCUCGUCUCUUGGGACUUCAGGCUUAAAGUUGACAGCAUUGGGAUAAUGAACACACCUGGCACCCUGGCUACCAAAAUUUCAUAUCAGCAGAAUAAUAACGUGUCAAAACCUACUUCAAAUUGUCUCCUUACCUCAUCACACAAAACACAAGCCACCCACUUCCCUGAUAGAGAAACUUGUUAUAGAAAGGCCUCUGAGUUCUCUUAUGUCAGCCAUCUAGGGUGGUAGCUCUCUUCCCCAAGUUAUAACAUGGGCUCAUUUGAUUUUUAGAAGUUUUGAUAUAAUUUUGGUGAAGCAUCUUCAGAAAUAUAAUCUCUACAUUGACAGGGAAACAGUAAUAUUCACUAGAUAUUGGCGCAACUGGAUCAGUUAGACAGACAUAUGUUCUAGUAAUAAAGUCUUAGUAAAGCAAUAAUUUGCACAAUUUUUGGUCUCAGGACACCUUAACACUCUUAAA